AUGACAAGUGAAAUCGACUCGAAGCCGUCGGAAGUGCCAAAUGGCGGAGCAGAUACCACAGCGACGAUACCCUCCUCGACUGAGAACAGCAAACCUGUUGAUUCUAAAAUCGACGCGCGGGUGAUCAGUGAUGACCUGCCAUCCCCAGCUUCUUGUCAGAAAGUCGAGAAUUAUACGGUACUGGAUCGCAAGGGCGAUGCUCAUCCGUUCAAGAGUCUCUACGAUGGGCCCAAUUCCACCUCCCGUGUACUAGUGAUAUUUGUCCGGCACUUUUUCUGCGGGAGCUGCCAGGAAUUCUUGAGUGCCCUCUCAAAUUCAAUUCAAGCAGAGGAUCUGAAACGCCUGCCAGUCAGCACAUCAAUAUCUAUUGUCGGCUGUGGCGACCCUAGUCUGAUCGAUUUUUAUGCCACCGAAACAGGCUGUCCAUUCCCGAUUUUCGCAGAUCCAACUCGCAAACUGUAUGAUGACCUUGGAAUGGUAAAUACUUUUUCCAUGGGGACCCGCCCAGAUUAUAUUCGCAAGAGUCUAGUACGAGGCAUCGCCGAAUCAAUCGGACAAGCUUUAAAGCACAUUCCUAGUGGACUGGGAACCAAAGGAGGUGAUUCUCGGCAGGUUGGCGGCGAAUUCCUCUUUGAGCCAAGCGACAAGGGAGAAGGAAAGCAGGUAACCUGGUGUCACCGAAUGAAAACGACGCGUGAUCACACUGGAGUCUCGGAACUGGCGAAGGUCCUUGAUCCAGAUGGGAGCACUCUGCUGCAGAAGGCUUAG